CGGGAAUAUUUUACAGUUCGGUCAGAUUUUGUUGACAUAUCCUUACAGACAUAUCUAGAGCUUAGUGACAGGAACUCUAAUAUUUAAAUUUUAUGGUUUUUAGUUUCGCUUUAAAURGGUGAGGAUGGGGAAAGGAGACAAACGAGGAAGUCAGCGUUCCGAUAGUGGCUCGACAAACUUGGUGGGUAAAUUCACGCAAAGUGUUCGAAGGAUCGUCCAGGACGUCAAGGACGAGGGAACUGCGAGUGGUCAAACGAAAGAGGAGGUCAUAGAAACGAAUGAAAGACUCCGAGCUGUAAGAAUCCGACUGGAUGAGUCUUACGACACGGCGAAAAAAGCACUUGUUACUCUCAUGGGAAAAUAUAACGACAGCAAGAGUGUCCACAAUAUCUUUCAAAGAUACAACUUGUUGAAAGCGAUGAUUAAGGAAGUGAUACGGUUAGAAACCCAAUAUUGGACAUUAGUCGAUAUUCCGAAACAAGAAAAACAGGAAACAGUACCCGCCUUUGUUCUCAGAGCUUGUGCCAUUAUGGAAAAAACACAGAAAUCCGGCGAAGGUGUAAAAACUUCAGCAAAGCUCGCCGAAGAAGCACAAGAUAAAAGGGAGAGAAUAGAACGUCUUGAAAAUAUGACGACUUCACAAAUAGAAGCUGAAAACACACAAAUGACUAACGAUCUCUAUAGGCUACUGAAGAAAUACUCKGGUUUAAGAAACCUCAUUCGACAGUUAAAAAUUGAGUACACAAACGCGAAGAUCUACCCGAUGGUGCUUCGCUACACGAUGCUGAAAGACAUGAUCAAAGACAUCAUGCUCCACCCCGAUUACAUGGAGGUGUGCCACGAGGUGGACGCAUAGCCCAAGUCGUUUUCAUAGAUGGGAAAUCGUCGUCGGAGCCUCAGAUCGUAACAUUCGCACUCCAUCAAACUGAAAAUMGGGAAAUUGUCAGUCGUCUGAAAUUCGGCAUGGUGGGAAAUGUUAUUUCYUGAUUGCAAUCGACUCCCAUCUUCGAGAUGUGCUCACUUUGUCGGCUAAAUUAUGUCGCUUAUUUGUGGAUUACGUGUUAAGUGAGAUGUGAUGAUAUUCGAGAAAAAAKCGAUAAACUCUAGGAGUCUAGGCCCCAAAUCUAGAGCUUUGUUAUUUAAAAUGAUCGACGCUAGGUGUUGAUUGUUUCGUUGAAAAUGGGGCUUCAAAUUCACUGCCACUAGAAGGGAAUCCGUGUCGAACAGUAUUGCAUUCCUUUAAUACAAAAGAGUCGUGCUUAUUGAAGCAAUUAAAUUAUUUCGAUCAUUAUGAACUGUUUUCUCAUUAACUAGAAGCGACCGUUUUUGUAAUGAAUGACCCAAGACUGAAGUAUUUAAUUAAAGACCUUCGUCAAACACUCCUUACCUUUGAUCUCAUUCCGAAAAUCAAUAUUUGCAAUAUCGCACUUUGUUUUUAUUUUUAGACACAUCAUCAAUUCGCAGCUUGCGAUGUGCCAAAAUAAAUUCCCGUUUACGAAACACAUUUUGCUUGGAUUUCUCGUUUGCAAUAUCGUGACGGAAAUUAAAAUACGCCCAAAAAUUGCUUUGAUCCUAAUAAUAGGCGAAACGGGACUGAUUAAUGAAACUGCUAAUAAAAAUCUACUGUUCUACACCUAAUCCGCUAUAAGAUUAAUAUUGUACCUAUAAAAAUUAACGUGCCAGGUUGCAUUUAAUGUGUAUAAUAUUCUGGUUUGAUGUGAUGUCUUCUUGUAACUUUUUAGACCCCAAAACCAAUCGUUAUUGUAACAAUAGGCAAUAGAUUAUAGAACAUUUGGGUGCCCGGUAGAGACAUCCGUUUAUAAGAAUCGUCUAAAACACCAAAUUUGUUAUUGAUUGUGUUUUAGAUUUAGAUUUUUUACGUUCUUUUUUAACAUUAUCUGUGUCAGAAAUGACAACGUUAGGUCUAAGAAACGUACGUAGAGUAGCCUUUUUGCAAAACUUUUUUCUAGUUUUCUAUAAUUUUGCCUAUGUAAAGGAAACAAUAAAUGUAUAGUAAUAGUAACACGUUAGGAUCUCACUUUGUUACUUGAUGGUGGUUUUGCUAACUCGCUUAAGAGACAACAAAAUUUAUUAUUUCUUCAGUAAAGUAGGUACAAAUUUGUUUAUUUCGCCUAUGGACUUGUCAAUGUAUUAUUAACGCAAAGAAGAUGGUUGUUUAUAUGUGAUGAUGUAUGUGUAAAAAAUAUAUAUAAGAAGAUAAAUAUUCCAUGUUAAAAUAUUACAGGGUUUGUUGACGCUUUCUUGUUCAUUUCAUUUUUAAAUGCUUAGUGAGCUGAUAAGAUUUUUUUACAUAAUCAUUAACUUUUACGAAUUUAUCGUGAAAUAUCAAAUCAAAUAAUAUUGCCCUGUUGAAUAUCAUAUGAAAUAUUGUUAUAAGGGAACAAUAAUAUUUAUUCAAAAAUUUUAUUUUGUAUAUUGUCGCAUACAAUUAUGCAAAACUAUAUUAUACCUACUGUAUAUGUGUACAAUAAUGUUGCUUUGUUAAUAAAUUUUGUGCCAGA